CGACAAAAUCGAAUGAACGUCAAAAUAGGAUUUAAAAACGAAGAAGACGCCAAGAAAUUUAUGGACGAAAUGAAUGGCAAGGAAUUCGGAGGCAAACCAAUGAGAAUUUUGAAAGCAGAAGGGUUCAAAAUGAAGUGUUUCAUUUGUGGACAAACCGAUCACAUGUCUCCACAAUGCAAACAAAAGGACGUCCAUAAUUUGGCUUUGAAAAAGUUUAACAACAAAAACAAUUUCAAAAGUAAUGGAAAGAAAAGAGAUCAACCCCAAAAAUACGAAAAACAGUCGAAGAAACAAUAUUAA